GUGAAGACCCCGGCUGUUCCAAGAUCUUCGUUCAUUCGCAGGUGAUGAUGUUAGGAAGUGCGGCCGGAAGUACAUCUGUCUAGGUCUUGAUUUUCCUUACGGGGCCGUCGGAGGUGGAGCUAGAAGGAGCAGAACUCCCGCUGGCCGUUGCCGGCUCCUGCGUCGCAGGUGCCUGGUGAGGGGUGGAGGCCGAGAAGGUGGGCGAUGAACACGUUGGCCAUGCCGCCUUUGGUGUCGCACAGCUCGAACUUGGCGCUUGGAGGACUCUUAUAUUAAUAUCUCUGAUCUUCACCAUACGAAACCUCUGGGUAAAAGAUAAAUCAGAACAAAAAAAUGGGAGUGAAUUCAUUGUCUGAGGCAAGGGCUAUGGAAUUGUUGAAUCAAUUGGAGUCCAUUUUGGAACAAGAUCCUCUCAUUGAUGAAGUAGGCUUUAUUCAUCCAUCGCUGUUAGUCAAACUGAAUGAAGAAGCAGCUGGUUCCCAACUGUACUUUGCUGGAACUGUGAUGCAGUCAGCAGAUGGAGAAUUGAAAUCUGAAAUAUCAGCUACUGAUGCUCUGAAGCAGGAAAAUAUGAUAUUUUGGAAUACUGAUCAUAAGUUGGGCAUUUCAGUUCAGGUACUUCUUCCAUUAUACAAAGCAGCUAAACAUGCAUUUAUGGCUGCAAUUUGUCAGUAUAAAAGGUCUACCAAUGUUUCCGGAGAUGAAGAUAUGUCUAGCUUAUCAUCUUCGCUCAACACUCUUGAAAGUGAAGUCAUGAAGCAUAGCAAGGCUCUUUUGCUGCUUAGUUGUGAUUUUGGCACGGCUUGGAAUUCCAGGAAGCUGGUUCUAUCAAAGAAGCAAGGUUCCUCAAUUUUCAUGGAUGAACUCCUCUUGUCUGCACUAGUUCUUUCAUAUUCACCGAAAAGUGAUCAUGCUUGGAGCCAUAGGCGAUGGACUAUCAAAAUGAUUGCUGGGAAGUGUUCAAAUUUGCAAGAGAUUGUGGAUAGAGAAUCUGAGUUAGUGGAAAAAAUAGCUGAGAAAUCAAAAAUGAAUUACCGAGCAUGGAAUCAUCGUUGCCAGUUGGUUCCCUACAUGGCUGGGGCACAGGCGUUGCUUGAGUUGAAGAAAUCAAGAAAUUGGGCUGGGUUGCAUGCUGCUGACAACUGUUGCUUUCACUAUCGCAGAAGGCUGUUGCUCAGGAUCUUAGAGGACUACUGCCAUAAACGGAAUCAAAAUGCAUCUUUUGAUUGCAGCUGUGAUAUUUCUCUGGUCUGGAAGGAGGAGAUUGAUUGGGACGAAAUGUUAAUAAAACUUUACGUAGGGAGAGAGGCUUUAUGGCUUCAUCGUCGCUUCCUUUCCCUUUGUUGGAUAAAGCAUUUUGCAGCUGACCAGCAGGGUGUAUCUUCUCAGUCUGAGAACAAAAAUAGCAUGAAUAAUAAGAUUAGUAACUUCAUGGACAAUGAAUUGCAGCUCCUUCAGUACUGCUCAAGUAUUCCAGAUAAAGAUUUUGAAGACUUCCAAGCACAAGCAAUGUUUUCUGCUACUUACAUGUUGUGGUCGACAAAGCGCAUCUUUGAGUUCCAAGGGAUUGAACUUCAAGAGAAGGUUAGAGCACUUGACCUGAAGACACUGCUGAGUAAGGCAUCCCCAGAAAAAGCCUUUCUCUGGAACUCUCUACUGGACUUACAGGGAAGCAUUUAACAGUUGUAUCAAGAGAAUUCAAACUCUCUUUGCUGCAUGAUGUUAUCCUUCAGUCAUUUAUUUUUUGCGUACUUUUUCAAGUUGUGAACUGACAUACCUAAUAAUUCUAGUUCAAUGAGUUUGGAUCAUCCAUACUUGCAUGGUUGAAAAUGCAGCAUGCAGCAUUUUAAUUUUCCUUGCUGAUUUAGGAUGGAUGAUGUGUUUGAGAACUUUCAUAUCUUAUGAUAAUGUUGAAGCAGCCAGAAUUGCUUGAAAGAGAAACAACAGAACAAAAUUAUGUUAAUUCAAAUUAUUUCUGUAUGAGAACUUUAAAUUUUGAUGGC